AAUAUUAGGGCUAUGGGAGCAGAAUAUAAACGCUGAAGCUUCUUCGUUGUUCUGUUAAAAAGUUUAAGGAGUAUGAGUGCAAGGCAUCGUAUCUAGGCCACAAGACAGUCCCCAUCUGCCAUUAGGGCCAAAAGCCUUAGGAACGUUCUGGAGCCAGAGAGGAAGAGAUGAACCCAGCCAGGGAUUAGGCUGGCACAACAGGUCCAAGAGGAUGUGAGAUUACAAGAGAGGAGCAACAACAACACACAUGGGGUAAACCUGCUCACAUGUUUACGUAACAGUUCAGCUCAUGCACCUCAGCAUGUCUGCAAAACAACUUAUUAAUGUCCUGUAAGAACUUCAUCUGCUUUUUAUUGUUCAUAUCGGGGAACAGGAAAAUGACCUCUGUGUUGGGCGAAGGGGAAUGUUUAUUUUAUUUUAUUUUUGCAAAGUGCAGCAGCUUCUCGAGCUUUGUUCCCUGCCCUCAGCAUAUCAUCCAGUAUUAAAUCUCAUCCGCAACCUCCUCUGACCCUGUCAUCUGCGGGAAAUGUCCUGACCUCAGAGCGUGUCGGCAACGGAGCCGGGUGCCCGAACAGCAGUCCUUGGACGGGUGGAAGGAAAGCUGUCAACAAGGAGGAUUUGGAAAACAUCCUAUUGGGAGAUUAACAAGGACAGAGCCCCGGUCCUUUUCUGUGCAUGUGUGAGUGCUUGCGUGCAGGAGAGAAAGAAAGAGAGAGAGAAAGAGGGAGGGACAGACAGGACAUCCCAGCGUGUGACAGAUGGAGGAGGGAGGUGGGGGUGAGCUGCCUGGUAGGAGGCUGGCAUGUUUUCCCAUCUAAACCGGUGACAAAGUGGCGAGCAGCGGCUCCCCGGAGCAGAGGAGAUCACAGCCACCGCACGGAGAGGGACGCGGAGCGGAAGGAGAGCCGAGCACCACGCAGCCUGCAGCCGCUGGAGCCACAGCAUCGGGGCGGGGAUCAGAACCGAGCCACAUCGGAGGGAGCGACGUUUUCUUUUUACUUUUUAAACCCAGCGAACGGAUCGGCAGAGAUGGGCGUGACUUCCCCCCCGCUGCUGCUGAUAUGCAUAUACCUGACGGCAGUCGGCCGGGCGCGCUCCGAGGGCGUCUGCCUCCAGGACGGCAAGCACAAGGCCACGCCCGGCGCGGAGCCACACCUGUCCGAGUGCGGGCUUUACGCCGACAACAGCUGCUGCACGGAGGAAGACAUCCAGGAUAUUGCCUAUGUUCCUUCUGACAGCAAUAAGAAUGAGCCCUGGGACAAAUGUGGCCCUCUGAGCUCAGAGUGCGAGGGCUAUCUGAAGCGCGUGUCGUGUUUUUACCGCUGCUCCCCUGACGCCUCCCGCUGGCCUCAUCCUCGCCGCCGCUCGUACAUCCAGGCGGUGCCGCUCUGCCACAGCUUCUGCCGUGACUGGUUCGAUGCCUGUAGGAUGGACAUGACGUGUGCUCGCAACUGGGCCAGGGACCCCCGGGGCCAGAACUGCACUGGGACCUGUGUUCAGUAUCAGCAGAUGUAUCAGCACGGCAGGGAUCUCUGCGAGAGCCUGUGGGGCGACGCCUUCAUGACGGUGGAGGACGACCAGCAGGAGGCGGGAGAGAACGGGGCGGAGGGCCGGCCCUGCGGCUGCCUCACCCUCAGUCCCUCGGACAAGGACGUGAUCGCAGCGCUGCGGGCCCAGCAGGACGACCCGGAGGAGCUGGACACCACCAAGGCCGGCCUGCCGCAGUACCGGGCUCCCUGCCAGGCCAAGAUGCCGGCGCCGGCCAAGAGCGGCCGGAGGGCGAACUCCGUCCUGCGGAAACGCUCGGUGGAGAUCGACGACGUGGAGGGGAGCGGGAGCGGCUUGUAGAUCCUGUCCGGUAAAGAUGUGUCACUAGUUUCCGAUGCGUGAUGCUAAACUGUGAAAAUAAAGGCGUAACUUUGUCCCUCUAAAAAAAUAAUAAUAAUAAUAAAAUGACCGCAUGGGCGUAAAUAUUUACAGCGGCGGGUUAGGGCCACUGUAGAUCACUGUAGAUCACUGUAGAUCCAGGGGGAGAGAAGUAAAUUUGCCAGAAAAAAACUCUGAAAGUUUGAGAUAAAGUUUAAGCUUAAGAAAGAAAAUUUCUAGAAAAAUGACAUGGAAAUUUCUGAGCACCAAAAGUUUGAAAUUUGUCUGGGAAAUUUUUUCUUAGAAAUAUUUAGGUUCAUUUCACAUAUUCUAGAAAUCUUUUUUUCUCUGAGCUGGUAAAGUUGAAAAGUUUUUCCACAAGUCCAAAAUGUUCAACUUUUUGAGUCCAGAAAUCUCCAUGUUUUUCCUCCAGAUCUUGAGAUUAUUCUCAAAAUAUUGGAUUUUUUUUCCCCCGCAGAUUUUUGACGUUUCAAUCGCCAAAUUUUCCACGUUUUCUCCAGAUAACUUCUGAGCUCAAUAUGAACAUUUCCUAUUUUUUCUUGCAAAUUUUUUUUGACUUUUUGAACUCAGAAAAUGUUCAUGCUUCUUCUAUAGAAUUUCUGAGCUUAAUCUAAAAAAUUCUGGAGUUUCACAAAGUUUCGACUUUCCAAACUCAUAAACGUUCACCUUUUUUCUAGAAAAUUUCUGAGAUUAAUCUAAAAAUUAGAGUUUUGUCUAGCAAAUUUAGUCUUUUCUUUUAUAUCUAUAUGUACAACGACCCUGAGAAGCCACCAUAGAUACCUUUAAGUAUUAAAGGCAAACCUCAAAAUACUGCUAAUGCUUUGAUGUCAUCUAGAGGCUGUUGGGCAACCAGCCAUGUUCUGCAUGUGGUAGAAACUGACAGCAUCACAACAUCUGUAGGAAUCCAAUGUGUCGUCCUUCUGGAUCAGGUCAUUUCCCCUAUAGAAGUAUUGAAAACGUAAUUUUCCAGCAUAUGAAUCGUCGCUCUUCUGUUUCCAGACAUCUAGCUGACUUCAGGCUGUUUCAUUACUCACUUCUUCCUGUUGUAAUUCUGUUCUGUGCAGUUUGCUCAACAUUAAGUAGACCCUUAGUGCGAUCAUUAUUAUGAAUGUAAUCUAUGUUUUUUUUUUUU